UUAAAAAUGAAAGUGUAGGUAUAAUUUAAAAUAGAACCAGCUAUAUAUCACUGAAUUAGUAAAUAGUAGGAUUAUUAUGUAUUGAAAAAUUAGAAAAAGAAGCAGGCCCCGCAGUUCACAGAGCACGUCGAUAUAGAGUUCUCGCAAGAAAUAUGAGCCAAAAGUGGGAGCCAUUAAAAAAAGUAGGCAUAAUUGGAGUGCCAUUUGAAAAGGGUCAGAAGAAAUACGGAGUCAGUAUUGCACCGGCCGCUAUUAGAUCAGCAGGACUCAUUGAACGACUCAAGGAAAUCGAUGGAAUAGAUGUUAAAGAUUACGGUGAUAUUGACAUUCCGUCAUGCAAUGAACCAGUAAAUGUGGAUAAUAUGGCGCAUCUCUCUCUAGUAUCAGCUUGUAAUAAAAAUCUUUCCAAUAAAGUAUCACAAGUUCUCAAAGAUGGGAGAGUAGCUGUUACUAUUGGCGGAGAUCAUUCGAUUGGCGUUGGAACCGUUGACGGUCACUAUAGAGUGAAUGAAGAUAUGAUCCUCAUAUGGGUCGACGCUCACGCAGACAUUAACACAAACAAAACGUCAGACUCCGGCUCAGUUCACGGCAUGCCCGUUGCGUUGCUCGUCAAGGAACUAUCAGACUACUGGCCCUACCUGCCAACGAUGGAUUGGCAGAUUCCUAAAUUUUCUAUAAAGAAUCUAGGAUACGUUGGCUUGCGAUCUGUAGACGAAUACGAGAGGCUGGCAAUAGAAAAAUACGACGUGCCCGCAUUUGCAAUGGAAGAUAUCGAGGAGCACGGCAUACAAAAAUCUAUAAAUCACAUUCUUCACCGAAUCGACCCCGAAGGGAAAAAGCCGAUCCACGUCAGCUUCGACAUUGAUUCCUUGGAUGCGUUAGAAGCCCCCAGCACUGGCACUCCGGUCCGCGGUGGCCUUACUCUUCGAGAAGCUAUCCAGUUAAUGGAAAUUAUCCACGGGACGGGUCGACUUCGUGCCAUUGAUCUCGUGGAAAUUAAUCCUGCUCUCGGCAAUGAUGCGGACCGAAAGAGGACUAUUGAUGCAGGCUUAUGUGUACUGCGAGCGGGUUUGGGUUUCUCCAGGCGCGGUACCACACCGAGAGGCAUUUUAGAUCUACCAGUACAGACGCCACAAUCUAAAUGAUGCCAUAAACCAUGAAGCAAAUUUGAUAAGACCUUGGUCACUCGAGCAUUAUUUUGUUUUGUCUUGGUAUUGAUAUUCUUGAACUCUAAAAAAUAAUUCAGCAAAUGAUUUAUUUUUAAUAAAGUAACUAACCAUAUUUAUUUACCCAAGUAUUCUUAUCUUUCCUAUAACCACAAUACUUCAAUGUUAUAUAAAAUUAUACUCUUAGAUACAAUUAUUUGUAUGUAGUAAAUUGGCGUAACUAUCAAUUAAUAACAAAAAGCAUUAGGUUUUUGAUUUCAUUCCUGUUGCUACCUGCAUUCAUUCAAUGUAAUAUCUGAAGUAAAGAUUAACCAGCAUCAGAAGCUAUGACAACUUACGUAAUAGUGAUGGUAAGCUGUUUUAAUUCAUCAUUUUUAAUCGCUCUGUACAAAAGGUAUGCUUAAAAUAA